AUGGCUGCCAGAAUAGCCACGACUCCUAUAUCACGUUGCUUCCCAAGGCCAAGAGUCGCAUUACACAGCAGACCGUCGUCGUUCCUGAACCCCCUCCCUCUCCAGAUCCGCCUGCUUUCCGACGCGACAAGAGCUGCUAUUGACAAAGCGGUUGGGUCUGCGCCGGUCGUAUUGUUCAUGAAAGGCACACCAGAGACACCCCAGUGCGGGUUCUCAAGAGCAAGCAUACAAAUUCUCGGCCUCCAAGGGGUUGAUCCGAAGAAAUUCACCGCAUUCAAUGUCUUGGAAGAUCCAGAGCUGCGGCAGGGCAUCAAGGAAUACUCAGACUGGCCUACGAUCCCGCAGAUGUACUUGGACAAGGAGUUUAUCGGCGGGUGCGAUAUAUUAAUGUCUAUGCAUCAAAACGGGGAGCUGGCGAAGCUGCUGGAAGAAAAAGGGGUACUUGUCCCGGCUGAAGGAGAGAGUGAUGUGGAGAAGUGA